GCAAAAUACACAUUUACUCGAACGUUCGGCACAAAAUGUUACUCACGUUUUGCAGUCAAUUUUAAGGUUAAGACAUCCAAGUGACUCUCUUUGUAGUGAUCAACACACGGUUUCGGAACAAAUCAAACUACUGUUUGCUGGAAUUCUCGUUUUUUUUGUUCGAUCUUGACAAUCUGUGAAUCAAAAUGGCAUUAUCUGUUCCAAAAGCGCCCGGCGUUGCCCAAAUGAUGAAAGAUGGUGCACGCAUGUUAAGUGGUUUGGAAGAAGCUGUGUACAGUAAUUUGACAGCAUGCAAAGAGUUUGCACAAACGGUACGCACCGCAUAUGGUCCGAAUGGCAUGAACAAAAUGAUCAUCAACUAUUUGGAAAAGCAAUUCGUUACAUCCGAUGCGGGCACCAUAAUUCGUGAAUUGGAUGUCGAACAUCCAGCCGCAAAAUUGCUGGUUUUGGCCAGUCAACAGCAAGAGGCUGAAAUUGGUGAUGGUACGAAUUUUGUGGUCGUUUUUGCCGGUGCAUUGCUCGAAAGUGCCGAGGAAUUGUUGCGUUUGGGUGUUACUACAACCGAAAUUGCUGACGGCUAUGAAAAUGCAUUGGUCAAAGCAAUCGAAGAUUUGCAAACACUUGUCAUCGGCAAUGUUGAACAGGAUGAAGAGAAAAUCAAGGCUGUCAUCCGUACAGCCGUGCAAUCGAAACAAUAUGGCCAAGAAGAUUUUCUCACAGACCUCAUCGUUAAAGCCUGCAAAUCAGUAUGGUCCGGCGGUAAUUCGUUUAACGUCGACAAUAUUCGUGUGUGCAAAAUUGCCGGCAGCAAUUUGUUACGUUCCGAAGUAGUCAACGGUAUGGUGUUCAAGCGCUUUGUCGAGGGUGACAUUUCAUCGGCGAAAAAUGCUAAAGUCGCCGUUUACUCGUGCCCCGUUGACAUUUUGCAAACGGAAACCAAAGGAACCGUUUUAAUUAAAACCGCUAACGAACUCAAAGAUUUCAGUCGUGGCGAAGAGAAUUUGCUGGAACAACAAAUCAAAGCAAUCGCCGAUACUGGUGCCAAUGUUAUAGUGGCUGGCGCGAAAUUUGGUGAUUUGGCUUUGCAUUACUGCAACAAAUACGGUUUGAUGGCCGUACGAUUGAAUUCAAAAUUCGAUUUGCGACGAUUGGGCAAAGCCGUGAAUGCAACCGUUUUGCCACGCCUCUUACCGCCUACAGCCGAAGAGCUCGGCUACUGUGACGUUGUUUCCGUGGAGGAAUUGGGAGAUACUGGUAUCGUCGCAUUCCGUAAUGAGGGCAAAGACAGCCGCAUCUCGACCGUUGUCAUUCGUGGCGCUACCGAGAAUUACAUGGACGACAUCGAACGGGCUAUCGACGAUGGUGUCAACACCUUCAAAGCACUCAGCAAGGACGGAAGAAUUGUUCCAGGCGCUGGUUCCGUUGAAAUCCAAUUAGCAAAGAAAUUGGGCGCCUACGCAGAUCUGUUACCUGGUUUAGAGCAAUAUUCAGUGCGUAAAUUUGCUGCUGCGCUCGAAACAUUCCCGAAAGCAUUGGCCGACAACAGCGGCAUCAAUGGAUCGGAAAUCAUCAACAAAUUGUACUCAGAACACAAUAUGGGCCACUACACGCACGGCGUUGACAUCGAAUCGCAAGCACCAGCAACCGUUGAUGUCACCAAAAACAAGAUAUUCGAUUUGUACAUCACAAAACAUUGGGGCCUUAAAUAUGCGGUUGAAGCGGCCGCCACCGUACUACGAGUGAAUCAAAUUAUAAUGGCUAAGAGAGCUGGUGGACCGAAACCCCGACAACCCGGCACUCAAGAUCAAGAUGAUGAUUAAACUUGGGAAAAAAAUAAAUAAAGAAAAUAACCUCAUCAUUCUAUUCUUUUCACAAAAGCCGCGCGAUUUCGAUGAAAUUUUUGUUUGCUUCCUAUUGAUUUUGUCCAGUCAAUAAAUACAAAUUGUUUCAUCGAUUAAGUUCACCAAAACUCUCACACAAACAACAACUAUUUUGUCGUCAUAGUCAUUAAUCCAUAAGCAAGAGAUGUAAAAUGCAAUUCGAAGUAAGCAAUUCACGGAUUAUUAUUCUGUCAACUAACCAAAUUAAAUUUUAUUUAACACACGCUUUCGAAUCCUAAUGCUUAAUCAAUCAACGCAUUCAAUCGUUUACUGUUCCUUUGCUAUUUGUUUUUUUCUUUCACUCACCCGAAACCGAUGGAAAUUAUUCAUUUCAUAUCAAAUAAAAGUUAAUGAAAUAUGAUUUCAACCGAUCGCCAGGGACACAUUAAUCCAGGCACAAAAAAACACUUGUAUUUUUUUUCUUUCUCUUGAAAUCUAUGUGUAAACACAUUUCAACUCAUAUGAUCAAAUAAAAAACAAAAAAUAAUUUUUUAAUAUUAAA